CUCGCUGCGCACGCGUCUUCGGAGAUGUAACCCAUAAACCCGGCCGGCCUUCACUUUGCGCACGCGCCUUUUGAGUUAACUGCCCGCGGAGUUGGUGGUGCGUUUCCCGCCAGGCCAGGGGAGGCGUGACGGCAGGCGCAGCUUGAUGACGACAUUUCGGCGCCGGGUAGCCGAAUGGCGGUCUCCGUCCCUCAGGCAAGCGACUUUAUGGGCCCCACAGUGGUUUCCUAAGACAGCCGUUGUCAGUGGUCCCCAGGAGGCUGCUAUGGCGUUCCCUCACCUGCAGCAGCCCAGCUUUCUUCUGGCUAGCCUGAAAGCUGACUCUAUAAAUAAGCCGUUUGCACAGCGGUGCCAAGACUUGGUUAAAGUCAUCGAGGAUUUUCCAGCAAAGGAACUGCACACCAUCUUCCCAUGGCUGGUGGAGAGCAUUUUUGGCAGCCUGGACGGUGUCCUUGUCGGCUGGAACCUCCGCUCCUUACACGGACGCAUGAGUCCUGUGGAGUACAGCAUUGCAAUGGAAUUUCUAGACCCUGGUGGCCCAAUGAUGAAGUUGGUUUAUAAGCUUCAGGCCGAAGACUAUAAGUUUGACUUUCCUGUCACCUACCUGCCCGGCCCCGUGAAAGCAUCCAUCCAGGAGCGCGUGCUCCCCGACAGCCCUCUGUACCACAACAAGGUCCAGUUCCCCCCGACGGGGGGCCUCGGCCUGAACUUGGCCCUCAAUCCGUUCGAGUACUACAUGUUCUUCUUUGCUUUGAGCCUCAUCACUCAGAAGCCACUCCCUGGGACUCUCCACAUACGAACUUCAGACUGUGCGUAUUUCAUCCUCGUGGACAGGUACCUGUCAUGGUUCCUGCCCACAGAAGGCAGUGUGCUCCCCCCGCUCUCCUCCAGUCCCGGGGGGCCCAGCCCCUCACCAGCUCCCAGGACGCCAGCCAUGCCCUUCGCUUCCUAUGGCCUCCAUCACACCAGCCUCCUGAAGCGACACAUCUCUCAUCAGACGUCUGUGAACGCAGACCCCGCCUCCCAUGAGAUCUGGAGGUCCGAAACUCUGCUCCAGGUUUUUGUUGAAAUGUGGCUUCAUCAUUAUUCCUUGGAGAUGUACCAAAAAAUGCAGUCCCCUCACGCCAAGCUGGAGGUUCUGCACUACCGACUCAGUGUCUCCAGCGCCCUACACAGCCCUGCCCAACCCAGCCUCCAGGCCCUCCACGCCUACCAAGAGUCCUUCACGCCCAGCGAGGAGCACGUGCUGGUGGUGCGCCUGCUGCUGAAGCAUCUGCACGCCUUCUCCGGCAGCCUGAAGCCCGAGCAGGUCUCUGCCUCCGCCCACUCGCACGCCACCAGCCCCCUGGAGGAGUUCAAACGGGCCGCCGUCCCGAGGUUUGUCCAGCAGAAGCUCUACCUCUUCCUGCAGCACUGCUUCGGCCACUGGCCCCUGGACGCGUCGUUCAGAGCUGUCCUGGAGAUGUGGCUGAGCUACCUGCAGCCCUGGAGGUACGCGCCGGAGAAGCAGGCCCAGAGCAGCGCCUGCCAGCCCCGCUGUGUGUCUGACAGAUGGGCGCCUUUUGUGCAGGAGAACUUGCUCAUGUACACCAAACUGUUCGUUGGCUUCCUAAGCCGCGCGCUUCGCACCGACCUGGUCAGCCCCAAGAAUGCACUCAUGGUGUUCCGAGUGGCCAAAGUCUUUGCCCAGCCCAACCUGGCUGAGAUGAUCCAGAAAGGGGAGCAGCUGUUCCUGGAGCCCGAGCUCGUCAUCCCACACCGCCAGCACCGCCUCUUCACAGCUCCCCCCUUCACCGGCAGCUUCCUGUCCUCAUGGCCGCCGGCUGUCACUGACACCUCCUUCAAGGUGAAGAGCCAUGUCUACAGCCUGGAGGGCCAGGACUGCAAGUACACCCCGAUGUUCGGGCCUGAGGUCCGGACGCUGGUCUUGCGCCUGGCUCAGCUCAUCACGCAGGCCAAGCAGACGGCCAAGUCCAUCUCUGACCAGUGUGGGGAGAGCACGGCCGGCCGGCCCUUUCUGUCCUGGCUGGGCUUCUGCUCCACAGACACGAAUGGCUGCUACCCAGCCAACGACCUGGACGAGAUGGGCCAGGACAGUGUCCGCAAGACAGACGAGUACCUAGAGAAGGCGCUGGAGUACCUGUGCCAGAUGUUCCGACUCAGUGAGGCCCAGCUCGCCCAGCUCACACUCGCCAUGGGGACAACACGAGAUGAGAACGGGAAGAAGCAGCUCCCAGACUGCAUCGUGGGAGAGGACGGACUCAUCCUCACGCCCCUGGGCCGGUACCAGAUCAUUAAUGGGCUGCGGAGGUUUGACAUCGAAUACCAGGGGGACUCGGAGCUGCAGCCCAUCCGGAGCUACGAGAUUGCCAGCCUGGUCCGCAUGCUCUUCCGACUGUCGUCUGCCAUCAACCACAGGUUUGCAGGCCAGAUGGCAGCCCUGUGUUCCCGGGCCGACUUCCUCGGCAGCUUUUGUCGCUACCACCUCAUGGAGCCCGGGCUGACAGGCAGGCACCUGCUGAGCCCCGUGGCGCGCGGGUACGCGGCCAGCCGUGCCCGGGGCCCGAGGCUCAGCCUGCGUCUCCUGGGCAGCUACCGGACGCUGCUCUCGCUGCUUCUGGCCUUCGUCGUGGCCUCCCUGUUCCAUAUCGGGCCCCUGCCCUGCGUCCUGCUCCUCGUGCUGGGCUACCUCCUCUACGCUGUGGCCAUGACGCUGCUGACCGAGCGCAGCAAACUGCACCAGCUCUGACCUCGGGCUGGGCGCCGAGCCUGGCCAAGCCAGCGAGACCGCCCCGCCACCGCGCCCUUGAGCCUGGGAGGCCGCCUCCGAGUGACGGGGCGCUUUCCUGCGGCCACAGAGCCCGUGCUAAAGAAGGAAGGGUGAGAAGUUAAAAGGGGAGAAGCUAGGGCAGGAAGGGUGUGGUCCAGGCUUGGCAAGGACGAGCGUGGCAUCAAGGGCUGUUUCACGGGACAGCCCAGACCUGGCCGCUUGCGCCUCCCUGCUUCCCUCAGCCCUGGGCCUCGCAGUGACAUGGCGCUCGAGGCUUUGCUCUGCUCUGACCGUCCUGGACUGAGCUGUGUGAAGCUGGGGAGGCCGCAUUCUGGGGCCUCGCCGUCCGCAGGGUGGCAGGGUGCCGCGAGUCUCCUCUCCCUGGCGACAGCAGGAUGGGAGCUUGGCCUCUGGUUCCAGAGAAGAAUCCAAAACCCUGGAGGUUCCUGAGAAAGUUAGAGGGUGGUUCUCUGAUUCCUCACUUUAAAGUGAGAUUCUCCCGUCACAUUUGACAAACGAGGGUCACUUUGCACGUGUUCCCCAGCAUUCCCGGUCUGGGCCAUAGGGUUCCACUUUGUAGGAGAAAAGAUCCUCCGGGAGCACAGGUGCUGGGUGGGAUAGGCUUGGCUUCUGGCUCCCUCCUCGCCCCCAGGCCAUUGAGCUUGUCGCUGGGUGGCGGCCCAGCCUCACUGCCUAGUCAGGACAGGUGCUCACGUCCCCUGGGUGGAGGGGACAGGGCAGGGCCGCGGGAGUCAGGCACCAUCUGGUCUUCAGUAAAAUCAGGUGCAAAGGCCCUAACUCUGAUGACAUUUAAAUGUUCAAUUUCAUGUUUGUUGUCAGAAGUCAUCCCCACGGGGUCUCAGGCACUUUCGUUCAUUAUACGGGUGACGCAGCAGAGAAAACAUCACAACAGCGACUUUAAACCAAGCCCUUGUUUCUGUUUUUGUUUUUAAGUUUUCAAACUGUAAAUGUCGAGUUUCAUAUUUCAAUGUAAACUCAGAAUAAUGGCAUUCUGGGGCCUGCGACCAAAAAUCAAACCCAAGUUUGUAACCGACCACGGAUCUGAAUAAAACCUGUUUUGGCUCCUGA